CUGUUUGACUAAUGAAUAUAGACCCCUUUCAAUUAAUUGAGAAAAGAAGACUUUUUGAUAUAUGACAGUCUUGAUGAUGACACUCGAUGACAGAUUUUUUAACCUAAAAAGAAAGUUAAGUUUUUAUUAGGUGUCAUUUUAUAAACAUUUUAACGAUAAACUAAACAUAACACAUUACUUAUAAAUAAUUUUACUUCAUCGUUUAAAGGCAUUAAUUAAAAUGGCUGCUAAAAUCAACAUAAUUGACCCUCCGUCAUCGGCAAGUUCAGAUAGCGACAUCGGCGAAACAAAUGCAGAUUUUUCGGAAGUGUUUCCUGACAUAGAAGCUGAAGAAGAGAAAAGCGGGGAUUUUUAUCACACUCCAGCUUCUCCUAUAACAGUUCCUUAUUGUCCAAGACCCCCUUCAACAGGAUCUCAAAAAUCUCCCAGAUCUAGACGACAGAGGACAACAUCUCUAAAUCAACAAACGACAAAACCUGUUACAGACUCAAUUAUCAGAACUCAACACAGAACAAUUUAUACAGCUGGUAGACCACCUUGGUAUAAUAGUGUUGGACAGAAAGUUGAACCCUUUGUUAUUGGAAUAUGUGGUGGCAGUGCGUCAGGAAAAACAACAGUUGCCGAAAAAAUAAUCGAGUCUCUGGGAGUUCCUUGGGUCACGUUACUUAGCAUGGAUUCGUUCUAUAAAGUAUUAAAUGAAAAACAACAUAAUAUAGCAGAUAGAAAUGAGUACAAUUUUGAUCACCCAGAUGCUUUUGACUUUGAUCUGUUAAUCACUACCUUACAGAGGCUUAAAGAAGGUAGAAAAGUUGAAGUUCCUAUUUAUAAUUUCCUGACACAUGCUAGGGAAUCUAAAACAAAAACAAUGUAUGGAGCAAAUGUCAUAAUAUUUGAAGGUAUUCUUACUUUUCACAAUUCAAAAGUCAAUGAAAUGUUGGACAUGAAAAUAUUUGUCGACGCAGAUCCUGAUGUAAGAUUGGCCCGUCGUUUAAGAAGAGAUAUUAGUCAAAGAGGCAGAGACUUAGAUGGAGUACUUAAACAAUAUACGUCGAUGGUACAACCUUCAUUUAACCAUUAUAUUUUGCCAUUAAUGAGUCAUGCUGACAUUAUAGUUCCUAGAGGUGGCGAAAACGAAGUAGCUAUUCAGUUGAUAGUACAACAUGUCCAGACACAGCUACAAUUGCGUGGUCUCAAACUUCGAGAAGAACUGGCUCAAGCAUAUACAGUCAAUAAACAAUUUAAAAUGCCCAGGCCGGAUACAGUUCGACUUUUACCUACUACUCCACAGAUUCGUGGUUUACACACGUUUAUCAGAAAUAAGGAUACACCUAGAGAUGAAUUUAUAUUUUAUAGCAAAAGAUUAAUAAGGUUAGUUAUAGAGUACACACUGUCUUUGAUGAGCUUCGUAGAUAGGACAAUUGAGACACCACAGGGAUUACACUACCAUGGUAAGAAAAUGGCGACGAGUAAACUUUGUGGCGUUUCAAUCCUAAGAGCUGGGGAAACAAUGGAACAAGCUGUAUGUGAUGUAUGUAAAGAUAUUCGAAUAGGUAAAAUAUUGAUCCAGACUAAUCUUCAAACAGGAGAACCAGAGCUCUAUUACCUAAGACUGCCCAAAGAUAUCAAAGACUACAAAGUAAUUCUAAUGGAUGCAACAGUUGCCACUGGCGCAGCCGCCAUGAUGGCAAUCAGAGUUUUAUUGGAUCAUGACGUUCUAGAAAGUAAUAUCCUUAUAGUUUCUUUGCUGAUGGCAGAAUCAGGAGUGCAAUCUAUAGCCUAUGCCUUUCCAGAAGUACAAAUCGUUACCACGGCCAUAGAUCCGGAAAUUAAUGAUAAGUUUUAUGUACUACCAGGAAUUGGAAAUUUUGGCGAUCGAUAUUUUGGUACAGAACCAUCAUCGGAAAAUGAAUUGUAAAAGAAAAUUUAUGUGCAUUUUUAAAUAUACAUAUUAAUUUUUUUAUGUAAAUAGGUGUUAAAAUAAAGUGUGAGAUUUGAAG